AAAAACACACCGUGAUACACUUUGGAAAACUCUGCCACGAGACGCAGGGGCACAGAUGCAAAUUAAAGAGAGCGUGGUGUAGUGUUCAAAUCAAGACGGACCGGGCUCGUGAGGCAUUAGAGCGAGAAGAAAACGAGAAAGACAAGUGCUGGAGCUCUGGCUGGGUACAGUGACAGGAUGCUUUCUGAUCUCCUGUGCUUCGAUGAUUCGGGAGAGGGCAGAGGGCAUUUAGAGUCGUACCUGUGAGUAAAACACCCUUGUGGAAAUGCACUGACAUCAGCGCUUUGCAUUUCAAACCCGCUGGGAAUCGAGGAGGAUGAGGAGGAUGUGGCAGUGACGGCGAGAAGAAGACGGGGUUUGCAUAGAUCGUAUCAGGCUGUCAGUGUGGAGUAGUGCUGGAGGCUGCGGGGCGGCUGUGUGCUGCGCUGUGAAGUUCCCUGGGAGUGCAGAGAGAGUCAGAGUGGCAGUCAGUCACAGAGAGACACUUGUACACAGAGCGUGGUGGUGGUGGUGGGGAGACUGGCGCUCUUUCACGGAAGGAUAUAAAAACGCAGCCUCGCACCUCUGCCCUCUUUGCGCAGGCGUCGCUCCUUGUGGCAGCACCUCAGGGAUUUCGAAGGAGGCGGGUCGGUGCUGGCGCGAUGGUGGCGGUGUGGUCAACUCAGGAGUGGGCCUGGCAGGCUUUUCUCCUGGUGACUGGACUGGCAUCACUGAGCCGUGGGUCUGAUGCCAACAUGUUGGAUACCAUGCUGCUGAAGAACGGACGGAAGGGGGGAUCAGAGCGAAAGGCAGAGGAGAGCAACAGCGCAGCCACAGUUUCAGCUCAGAACAUGCUCUGGUGCCACUGCUACCACCACUGCCCCGAAGACUCAGUCAACAACACUUGCAUGACUGAUGGUUACUGCUUCACCAUGGUGGAGGAGGAGGAGGGCGGUGUGGCUGUCCUCACUGCUGGUUGCUUAGGACUGGUUGGCUCUGAGUUCCAGUGCAGAGACAAUGUACGUUCCAGGAGAGCUCUCGAGUGUUGCACAGAUCAGGACUAUUGCAACAGAGACUUGCAUCCCACUCUUCCUCCGCUAAUGACGUCAGAUUAUGUGGACAGCAGUAUCCAGUACAUGGCUCUGUUCAUUUCAAUCACAGUCUGCAGCAUCAUCCUUGGUCUCAUCCUAGUCUUUUGCUACUUCAGAUACAAGCGCCAGGAGUCACAGCCCCGCUACAGUAUCGAUCUAGAGCAGGAUGAGACCUACAUCCCCCCUGGGGAGUCUCUGAAGGACCUGAUAGAGCACUCCCGGAGCAUCGGAUCUGGCUCUGGGUCAGGACUCCCUCUACUGGUGCAGCGAACUAUUGCCAAGCAGAUUCACAUGGUUAAGCAGAUUGGAAAAGGGCGAUAUGGAGAGGUCUGGAUGGGCAAAUGGAGAGGAGAGAGAGUGGCCGUCAAAGUCUUCUUCACUACAGAGGAAGAGAGCUGGUUCAGAGAGACUGAAAUUUAUCAGACCUUCCUGAUGAGACAUGACAACAUACUUGGAUUCAUAGCAGCCGACAUUAAAGGAACCGGCUCAUGGACUCAGCUCUACCUGAUCACAGACUACCACGAGAACGGAUCCUUGUAUGACUACCUCAAGUCCAACACCUUAGACGUCAAGUCUCUGCUCAAACUGGCCUACUCCUCCAUAUCAGGUCUCUGUCACCUUCACACUGAGAUCUAUGGCACACAGGGCAAACCGGCCAUUGCACACAGAGACCUGAAGAGUAAAAACAUCCUGGUUAAAAAGAACGGAUCCUGCUGUAUAGCAGACCUCGGGCUGGCUGUCAAGUUUAACAGUGACACCAAUGAAGUGGAUAUCCCUCCCAACCUACGCGUUGGUACAAAGCGCUACAUGCCACCUGAAGUGUUGGAUGAAACCCUGAACAGGAGCUACUUCCAGUCUUUUAUAAUGGCCGACAUGUAUAGUUUCGGCCUCAUCAUUUGGGAGAUGGCCCGACGUUGCAUCUCUGGAGGAAUUGUGGAGGAGUAUCAGCUGCCCUAUCACGACCUGGUGCCCACCGAUCCUUCCUAUGAGGACAUGAGAGAGGUUGUCUGCAUUAAGAAACAAAGGCCUUCAUUUGCAAAUCGUUGGAGCAGUGAUGAGUGUCUACGACAGAUGGGAAAACUGAUGUCGGAGUGCUGGGCUCACAACCCGGCCUCUCGCCUCACAGCCCUGAGGGUGAAGAAGACCCUGGCGAAGAUGUUAGAGACCCAGGACAUCAAAAUGUGACAGAGAGUCAAGAGAGAUGCUCUCAUCACCCAGAGACUUGUCACUGCCACUGGCACAGCGCCACUUACACUGGCCAAUAGAAGAAAAGGGAAAAAAAAGACUGUGAAUGAUAGGACAAAGGAAACUGACAGGGAGGAUGAGAGAUGGACAUAAUGGUUGACUGGGAGCCCGAAAAAUGAGAGGGGAAAGAUUUAUUAUGUCAGGGGAGAUCUAACCUCCCAUUGUCUUGAGUCACCUCUGCCUCAGACAAAGUUUUCAGGUUGUGCUUUCUGUGAAAGCUUGAGUGGUUGUUGGGUCCAGACUGUCCAGGUGGGGAGUUGGACAGGGGCCCUUUGCAGGAGAGGAGGACUGAAAUCCCUCUGCUCGCUUCAAUUCAGAGGAAGCUCCUCCUCUGCUCUUCUAAAGCCAUAUAGCAGUAUUCCAUGUGCAGUCUUUUGUACCGUCACAGCUGCCUUCAUGUUUUUCUUUGUUUGUUUUGUUUUGUUUUUUUGACUCAGUCACUGCAUGCUGUAAUAUCAUAGCAGACUGUAAACUGUGGUGGCCCUGAAGGUCAAAUCAAAAUUACAUUUCACAAAACACAGCGACAUUUCAAAAAACACAACAUUGCAGAAAACAUGAAAUGACAAAGGCUCACUUCAGCUCAGGCAAUAGAUUCAGUCAUAUUUUGCAAAUGGAUGAACAUAAAUGUAUCUUUUGUGGCAAUCAGAUGUUUAUUGAGAAGAUAAAACAAUACAACAAAGGUGUUUGUGUUUUCUUAUUUAUAAAAACUAAACCAUAAACUGGAUUCAAUUUCAUGAAAGUCCAAACUUCUCAGACUUAGGGCUAAAUUUGGAAUUGUGAAUGGCUAGAUCAGCAUCAUCUAAUCUAAUUGACUGAUUGAAUUGACUUUAUGGGAUUUUGCAGAACCUUUGAUUAAAUUCGUAAGCUAUAUAUGAAAGUCACUAAAAACACAAUGUAUUGUUACAGUGCUUUUAUUCAGUUAGUAUUGUCAUGACCUGGAUCAUGAGCCAUGAAAAAAGAGGGGGGAGAAACACGGAUUUGAAACUGAAAAUGUACAAUUUUAUUACUGAAACAAUAACCAAAACAUACUUCAGGAAGAAAUGGCUAUUUUAGCAUCAGACCAGUAGUCUCAUGCUCAGUAGUACAGAGGAUGCAGGUUCAACUCGCUAUGACGAAUUUGACGGUGCUUCGCCGUUUCCUCCAGGUAUUACUGUUAACUGUGUUGUGCUUCCUCCUGCUCAAUGAAAUCUGACACUUUACGUGCAGUCAUGUUGUGCCUCGGGAACGAGGAUCCUUGCUAACUUAUAGUGAACGCUGUGUGAUGUGUAAAAUUAAAGGUAAAACUGAAUAAAUGACUCAAAGCCGA